CUCGCAGCUGCUGUCACUGGCUCGUAUGUUGCACAGUAAACCAGAAGCCAGUUUCGUGAACUACCCGCAUGCGAAAGAUGAUAUUUACGAUCAGCCAGUGAACCUGAUGUCACCAAAAAAGAUGGCUCAUAUUAAGGAGGAUCCUCUGACCAACAAUCCUCCGUCUACAGACGAAAAUUGGGCUCCAUUUGACUUCUCCAAAUUCGACGAUUAUCUUACCCAGUACCAAGAAGAUGAUGCUAGAGAUCACAACAGACUGAAAAGAAGUCCCAAGAGACGGCGCGGACGCACCGGGAAACGACGUAACCGCUCAAGAUUCAGCACACCACAGCCUGAUGAUAGCGACGGCACCGGCACAAAAGGCACAACAGACGUGCCGGUCGCACGUGGGGGGAAGAAAAAGAACAAGAAACGAACGGGGGUCUCCGACACAUACCAACCACCUGUUACGACCUACGACUCAACCUACACGGAAAUACCGAAGGACUUGUACCAAGCGCAUUUAAGGCCAGGAGUCAUCUUCAGAAUUCAUAUGGCAGAAGCCAUCCUGAAGAUGCAGUAUCGGAACUACCCGGACGAUAGGGACGAAUCAGUAGUAGAAGCGGACGUGGAGUAUCUCCGACUCACUCGAAAAGUAAUCAACGACGAGAUCACCAAGUUCGAGGACUUAAAGUGGUUGAUCGGAUGGUUCAAUAAUCGCUCAGACCUCAUUCAAGAGCACACUUGUAAUACGCGUUAUUUCGCUGUAGGUAUACCUCCGACGAUGUUUACGCACUCCGAAGAAUACAUGAAGAGAAUGUGUUUAUUCGACAACGUGUACAUUGACCAUAUACCAUACGUCGUUGGUGAGGACAACUCGUUAAUGGCCGCCGUGGCCCCGCCGGUGCUGCACUGCGACGCCGCUACCUGUACAUCUGUACCUUUUAUUGACAGCCUGAUGUUCGACGAACGACUACCCCACACGAACGUACGCACCGUGACCCGCUGCCAGGCGAGCUGCCGCGCGCACUGUCGCAACGAUCCCGACUGCCUCAAGCGAUGCUCAGACCGAUGUUUGAGAUCUGAAUAGUACAACAGUAUUACUGGAGAUUUUUACUAUCUAAAGAGAAACUACAGUAUCAUUUUCAUGUUAUACUGUGUCUGGAGAAAUAAAUUAUAUAUACUUUUAAG